GAUCAUUGCUUGACGAGUGGGAUUGCACAUCUAAAAUGAGCUGUCCAACUUGUGAAAAUCGUAAUCUUAUUGAAGAUGAAAACACUGGACAACUAAUUUGUGCAGAAUGUGGGACAGCAACAGGUGUUUUUCGAGGAGUUACACAGUCUCAGGAUUUCUGUGAAACUCGUGGAUUACGUGUAAUACAAAAGCAGUUGAAUCCAGUAAGUGCAGACAACCAGGAAACUUUGGAUGUGAAAAUAAUUGAAGCAAAUAGUGCCGUUAAUCAAACGGCAAAUUCUGUCCCUCGCAAUAGGAAUUGUGAUACAUUAGACGACUUGUUCACUUCGGAUGAUGUAGAUAUCAUCAAUAUAAGCCAGAAACACAAAUCCAAAGAGAAAAGUCGGCCAUGGCGCCUAUCGGAACCGUUUACAUUUAUAAUGAAAUCUCAAGCAAAUAGUUUAGCAAAAGAGUUAAACCUAUCAGACGAAGAGAAGACAACGUUGUGUAAUGCUGUCUGGAAUAUAUGGCUUCAUUAUUUGGCUAUAACUGGCGAGCUUGGUUCUGAUGCUUGGCUAGAUGCAGCUGUUGCCUUGACGAAAUCAAUUAGUGAGGUAUAUCAAAGCAAAAUUGGGUCAUUAAAAGAAGGAGACAGGCCUCGUCAUAGAAAUCUACGAAGAUGUAAAGAAAAUGUUCGUUACUGUAAUUCUACACCUUUGCUAUAUGAAAAUGAGUGGGAGUUUAUUAGAACCCGUUUGAGCCAGUUACAGUGGUUCGGUUGGGGUAUGUUGUAUGAACCAGAUGAAGGCCGUGAAAUCGUUAGUAUGCUUCAUGUAUCUCAGAGAAAAAGUAAAAAAUUAGCUCGUGAAAAUGCAAAGUUAACCAGACAACGUAAACGUAAACACAAAUCAGAUAGUGAUUCUAGUUCAGAUGAAACCUACUAUUUUUCUGAUGAAGACAAUGUCGAAGAUCGCAGUUUUACGCCACGCAGAAAGUCCAGAAGUCGUAAGGGGUUAGAAGAUUCUAAUGAAAAAAAUGUUUCUAGUCCAGUUAAGACUACAGAUUCCGGUGUUUUCCCCAUCAUCAGUUAUGAAAAGUAUACUCGGGAUGUAUUAGCACCAUAUUUUACCAAAAAAUUGUGUCGUUUACCAGAUAUGAGUAAUUUAUUUUGGCGUGGUCAAAUGGAAGGCGGUAUUACCUGUCGAGGAUUACUAGAGCAUAAUAUAUCUGUUUUGUUUUUUGCUUGUUUAACUACAAGUCCUAUACGAAAAGCAUUCAACCCAUUGUUUUCAUCAAGCUUUAUAAAUCCUGGCUUUCCAAAUGUCCCGUAUGCACUUAGUACAAUGAUUACUUUAAAAGAUUUACUAGACUUGUGUGUUAGUCGCCGCUUGCCCUUUAUAGCUGCUGAACAGCUUUUCCCUCCGGGUGCUUUUUGUAUACGUGAUCAAUGUUUACGAAACAUGAUUAGACGACUUCGACAUCCAGAAAUUGAAGUUUUAACAUAUGCAACUGUGAGAAUGCGUGAUUUUCUUGGCUUAAAUCACUUUCCAAAAUAUCCAUUGAUUUGGCUUGUACAUCGUCAUAUAGUUGCUUUAGGUCUUCCAGAAAUUAUGCAUGUAUUUGUAAAACCUUUAUUAGAAAGAUUACAUAAACAAUGUAUUGCUAUAAAUGAGUUAGUACAACGUCCUUUAUUACAUUUUAUCCAAUGGCCUCGAGUUGUUCGUCCAGAAGUAUUUGCAAUGGCAUUCGUUGUUAUAUUAUUGCGUCUUGUAUUCAAAUUCAAUGAUACUUUUGAAUAUCAACUUAGUUCUGUGGCUAGAGCUUUAGAAUCAUUUCCAGAUCGUCCUGUGGAAAGUGCUCAAACCGGUAGUGUUUCACUGUAUGAUCGACCAUUUGUUUGGCUAGCAUGGAUGCAGUAUAUUGAUUCAAGAUUUUAUCCAUCUCAUAAAAUUAAUACAACUCUAUCGAAAAGUGAACGAAUGUCGUAUAGUAAUGAAAAAGUUCGAGAUACUAAUCAACCGUUAAUUAUGACUGCUAGACGAGGCAAUGAAUUGCUCAAUAUAGAAAAAGCAUCAGAUUUAUUAGGUUUAGCAGAAUUCAAAAUUGGUCAAGAUGUUGGUUGGGGUGAGAUAGGUGUGAAAAAGAUCAAAGUAGCUAAUGCUUCAGUUAAAAUGUCAUUAUCACAACCAUUGCGUAAUCUUUAUGGAAAUGACACGACGACAAAUUCCACUUCAACUACUACUGAUAAUCACCGCCAGAAACAAGAGCGUCAUCAAAAGAUUGAUGACAGUUUUAUAUUCACUAGUAGUGCUAAAAGCACUCAAUCUAUAUCUCCUAAACCUAUUUUACUUUCAAGUUAUGAACAGGAUGGUCUACUUAGUCCAUUUCGUAAGACACAAUUAAAUUAUUUAUAUGAUGAAAAUAUUAAUAUCAAUGAAUAUUUUCCAAUAUCAUCUAAUAAUUAUAAUACAUUUAGUCAAUCUUAUACAUUUAACAAUCAUACUAUAAGAGAAUGGUGGUUAGAUUUAAUAGAUGUACGAUCUGAUUACUUUCCAAUAUGUACUGGAGAAUGGUCUUUUAACUAUUCAAAUAAACAUCUAUGGCAAAAUCGUAACAGAAUGUCAUUUGUAUUACCAAAACCAGUUGAAGAUUUCAUUGCUAAACAUGAUGAAAAUUUAUCUAAAGCAUUAGAUCAUCGUGGUGUAGUGUCUCAUUCUGAAGAUGACAGAAAUCCUUCAACUGAAAAUACUCAAGUAAUUCGGUAUAAACUAGUCGAGAAUUAUUAUACGACCUUAUGGAGGUCAAUUUGGGUUGAACACGAGAUCUUGUCAACUAAAUGGGCUAUAAAUGAGACAUUUCGACCCACGGGGUACACAUGAUAUUUUCAUUCCAAGUGAAGAAGCUGACGGUAUACAUUCCUCUAAAAAAAUACCAUAAAAGGCAAUUUGUGUAUGUUUAACGUGCUGGAGUUUGCCUUUGUCAAGUUUAUUGCAUAAUAAAAUGUGAAAUUGUUAAAUGCACUUUCAUAUGUCGUACUCACGCAGAGCCAGUCAUUGUUUUUGUCUAUCAACGAUAUUGACAAGAAGUGGAUUGAUUAGGUUGAGAAACACUCGGGAGUGACGAAAUUAUGGCAUACAAGUGAAUUUAAGUAUAGGUUGCUUAGCCAGUGUCUCCGAAACACUAAAAUCGAAUAGAUAGAAACUUAUUAAGAUGUUUUAGUUAUUUUGCCCCACUCUCCAACUCGCCCCUAAGAAAGACGUGUACAUCAAGCUAUCCUAUAUGGGGUAUCAUAGCAGCUUGAUAACUAAACAAAGACUGAACGCUGCUGUUAAAAAGACUUUUUAUGCAGAUAAUAUCAUAAUAAUAGAGGAUGUAAAGCCAAU